AUGUCCUCUACUAAUCAUGCUCAUUUCCCUUUGAACAAUCUUCGUUGGGGCAACAAUAGUCAUGGAACUCCUGGAACUCAUACAACACACAGCAGUAAACCCCCAAAAACACCUGCACCGAUAUAUCGACAUGCUGCCCCAUCCGGACCUUGGCCAUGGAUGGACCUCGAGUCGGACACUAAGUUAGAGACAGAACCUACUUCACCAGCAAGAGAGUCAGCGGAACAAUUGAAAUGGAGGGGAUAUCCUCAAAACUUGUUCGGUAAUUGGGUCACCGAUCGAAUCACACGGUGCAAGAUGGUCGAAAAUUGUUCCAAGGACCCUCGAGAAAAAUGCAGGAUCUAUUAUGUCGAUGUACUUGAAACAGGGUCAUUCAAGCCGGCUCAAGAUACCGGUCCACCCAUUGAUGUCGAUGAACGCGCUUUACAUAAGCUUUGGGAUCAUUUGCAGAUACAGCCGACAGGCCUUCGUCUUAGGGUGUUGCUUGUCGACAACAUGAAACACCCUGUGCUUCAGAUGCUGGGAACAAGGUACAACAUCGAACCGUUCUUUUUCACGUCCUCAUUGAACUGGAUCCCUUCUCGAUACCAAGAAGAAGUUGUCAAGAAAAAAGGUGAUCAUAUUACGGUCACUCUUCUGUUCGUACGCGCCGUAUCAUGGGGGGUGACUGCACCAUCCUCGCACAACAAGCACAUUUCGGACAAUGAGAGGGCUAUAGACACACAAGAGUCACUUCGUCUUCGCUCUGGUACAGUCCUCUCCCCAAUUGAUGGUAUUAUUGUUCAAAAGUUCUUAGUUCUUUCGUCAGCGGAAAAGUACCUUCUGCAAGACCUGCUCGCUCUGCAUAUGAUAAGAUCAUCCGACCCUAGUGGUAGUACUAUCAUAUCUUACCACCCAAAUGCUCAGUGGGAUAGGACAACCGCGGAGCGAUUGAAAAAUCUAGUUCACAAAGUGGGAGAGAGCGUGUAUUGGCAGAAGAUAUUCGAACAGUCUAAGGAUCCAUCAUUUGUCUUCUUGGCUAUUCUUUGGUAUGGGCUUUAUGCCUGGGACGAAUCCUUGGACCAUCUGUACACUCAUAUGAACUGGCUGGAAACAAACGUGCUGCUGACGAACGAUAGCCACCUUACGACUGAGUUACACACUAUCCAGGCUCAACUACUCCAUUAUGCUUCGCUUCUCGAGGAUUUCCGCAAAUCUGUGAAUUUCGUCAGGAACACGCCGAAUCCCGGUCUGGAGUCCUCCGAAUUUACUGAACAUUCAAGAAGGGACACGAAUAAAUUGAUGCGCAAGGAAUGCGAUAACCUCCUUUCGGAAAUUGACAGGCUAGGUUUCCAAUUGAGAAACAUCACAGACCUCGUUCGUAUGUUUGCUCCGCUAGAUUUGAGCACUAUUAAUUUCGGUGUCCAGGCUAAAGCGACUGUGAACUUUGUCGAUAGUCGACGGAUGCAAGAUCUGACGACAGCAACAGUUCGUGAUUCGGCCUCAAUGAAACAGAUUUCCUACCUGACAAUGAUUUUUCUCCCUGCCAGUUUCAUCGCAUCGGUAUUUGGAAUGAAUGUCAGGGAAAUUAUCAGCGGUGCCACGGAAACUCUAGCCAAUUAUGUGACUGUUUCUGUUACAUUUACCGUACUCACUGCAUGGCUUGUAGUUGCAUUUCAAGCUCACUCGCCGUUUCACGAGUCAGGAACUGGAUUCUGGCGACGGCUUGCAUGGCCGGCCACAUACAUCAUGAGAUCCACAGGCCUGCGGCAGUCGCUCCGAAGUCAGCCCGUUGUAGACAUUUAG